AUGGAGAAAACAACUUUGAUAUUCAUUGGUAUUCUACUUUUUUCAACAUGUACACCAAUUCUGGCACAAACUUGUAAGAAUAACUAUGACUGUUUUAAAAUGUUAUGUCCAUUAAGAGGAUACCCCAUUUGUGUGAAGGGUCAUUGUGAAUGCCCUCCUCACACGUAUAGAGCAUUACCUGAUGAUACCAACUGUG